AUGGACCAAAGCCAUGGCCACGACAGUGGCAUGCCGGACUGGGACCCCAAUGCCUUUAUAUCUAAUGACACAUGGGAUCAUCAGUUCAUGAACCCGAAUUUGGGCUUUGAUCAACCUAACGGAGGCGACCACAGCUUCCAGAACACAGAGUACCUCGGUUCGGCACCAAUACACCCGCAGCUCUCUGGUGCUGCUGAGUUUCGGGAUUUUGAUCCGUAUCUAUCACAACACAACCCUGGCAACUUGUGGUCGAACUCCAGUCAGACGGAAGCCCAGUAUGGACAGGAUUCAGCGAUCGACCCCUCGUUCUAUCAAGAACAACAUCAGCAUCAUGCAAGAGAGCCAAACCCGACCACCAACAGCCGGUUCGCCCUCAACGUUCCCCAAAACAAUGACUUUGGCUCUCAUCUGCAUACCCCGAACAACCAGGAGGCGACUCACAGCCUUCUUAAUACACCCGAACCCACACAGAAUGCCUAUGCUCAGAAUUCCAUGCCCCAAUGGCAUAAUCAGGUAGCUGCAAGUUAUGCCCCUGGCCACCAGUAUGAGAACCCACUUGCUGUAUCUCAGGCGGCAACUCUCACUCCGCCAGUUCAAAACGGCUCCCCUUCUCCGUUUGGCUCUGCCCGCAACACCGCUGCGCAAUAUCAGCCAGAGGUACCGCCGGUACACCGCCAACAUCAGCAACACCACCCUCAGAUUCAACAGCAACAUCAAGCUGUCAAUGCUAGGUCUGUUCAUCCUCAGUUUGCUGCGGGCAUUAAUGGGCAACCACAACAGCAGCAGCAGCAUAUGCCUGUUAGCCAGCUGCCCAUGUCCGGUGUUGGCAGCCCCCAUGUAUCACCCCAGCCACAGCCUGCCCAGAAAGCCAUGGGACAUCAACUGGCGCAACAAGCCCCGCGCUCCCAGCAAAUGCCACAACAGAUGGCCCAACAUCUGUCUCCACAAGUACCGCACCAGCUAUCGCCACAUGUAUCACAACCCCAGCAGGUGCCUCAGCAAGCGGUCCAACAAAAUCCAUUCCCCAAGCAAAUCGAGCGCGCUCAGCAGCAUCAAAGCGCCUCCGUUCAAUCUCCUCAGUCUGUUCCUGCUCAGCAGCCGAUAAGUCAGCCUAUCAUCAGUCACUCACCACAGCCUCAACAGGGUUUGCCUCAUCACCAGUUGCAGCAGCAGCAGCAACAUCAGUUCGUAGUGCAACAAGCGGCGUCUCCUCAGGGUCAAAAGCGGCCGUCCGAUGCCCAACUUGUGUCUGCCAUUGCAGCCAAAAAGGCCAGAAUAGUAUCUGCGGGACCAGCCAUCUCGAACUCGCCCUUGCCAGUGCAGUCCCAGCCAGUGUUGUUCCAACUACCAGUGCCGGUGCAACAACGACCGCGCAAUCUUGAGCCUGCUCCGCCGGUUUACACCAUCAACUUUGAAGACACCAAGCUUCUGGAGUCUGUUCGGGAUCAAGAUACGCUUAGGUUCCCUGGUGUUCCUAAUAUCGUGAUCGGCGCGGAGCCGGUUAAGCUGAAGAAGAGCCCUCCAACAAAACGAUAUGUGACCCUCACUGCGAGACCUGGAAAGGCACCUCUCUUCCCUGAGAUUGCUCGCGGCUGGAUCAUGGCUGAGAGUUUGGCUAACCACAACGAAGCCUACAAGAAUGCAAAGACUGACGAGGAACGGUAUCAGGCCGAUACUCGACUUGAUGUGGAGAUGGCUAGGGCGGGCUGUGAAAUGCCGGUGGAAUGGAUGAAGAAAGUGCUCAAAGAGCAUUUGGGGCCUAGGGUAAGGAAACCCUGUGUUAAUCUGUUUUUCUCUAUCGUUUGGACUGUGCUGACCUCAAUAUUUUGCAAAGUUCGGCUUCACCCUGCUCAUCUGGUGAACAAGGGCUUGUUCGAAAAGGUCAAUAACGAGUAUUAUCUAUAUGUGCUUGAAAUUGCGUCUUCGUUGAGAGAUGUACUCGCUCGGCUCAAGAACCCCAACCAAUCUGAGCCCAGAGAGACCAGAGAUCCAGCAGAGCUGAAGCUGAGGCUCGAGCAGGCAAUUGUGGCGGGGAUCACAUACGGCCAUGAUCAGGUGUUGGCAGAGUUGAUCGUUGGGACUAUCCCUGGGACUGCUGAGAAGAAGCAACCAGUGAAGAAGCAACAUUUGGCAGUGGUGUUGUGCAACUUGGUCAUCAAGUUUUACAACGCCGGUGAACUAAACUCGUCGCUGACCAAGGCAAUCUUGAAGCUCUUCACCAGGUUCACAACCAUGACAAUGAAGCUGCUGACCCUGGUAAAGAUGAAGCAGAUCAAAGGCGUGGUGGGGAAGAAGGGCGACGACGAGACAAAAGCACUGGUUGCUCGCAUUUUCGAAAUCGGAGAGAGCAACCCAAGUGAAUCAAGCGACAGCGAGAGCGACGCCGACUCUGACGCGCGAGAACCUAGUGGAAAAGUUAGUGGGGCGUCAAAGCAGAAGGACAGCAAGAAACUGUCCAAGGAGGGCUCAGCUUCAACCAGCUCCAAGUCAACAAACGCAAUUUCUGGCAGCGACUCCAAAAAGUUGCCUCCCACAACGUUAGCUUCCAAAAUGGCUAAACCCAACAGCGACACCAAAAAAUUGCCUGCAACCUCAGCGUCCAAGACGAUGGCGCCUAAUAAUAGUGAGGUGAAGAAGAAGGUAUUAUCGUCAGCCUCGCUGCCUGCUGGACUCAAACGUUCGCGUGAAGAUGAUGCUGCUGGCGAGUCGCGCUCUUCUAAGAAGGCGGCGACUGAAAGUAGCACUUCCUCCGCUGCUGGCAUAAAACCUCCGCCGUCAUUGUUGUCUGGUAGUAAACUGCCUGCUGCCAGCAAGGCUGCCGCCGCCAAACCUGCCACCACUGGUGCUUCGUCUACAACAGCAACAAGCUCCCAACCUAAAGCCCGGUCUGCCCUCCUGCUUCCUGGAAAAACCCGCCCACUCACAAAGCCCGCACCCACCAAGCCUGAGCCUCCCAAGCCCAUUGUCAAGCCUGUCGAGUCCAAGGCUCCAGUGGCAAAGGUUACCAAGCCUAGAGCUACCGAGACUCCCAAGGAGAGCUCGUCAUCUAAAUCUGCCUUCUCUGCUUUGAUGGAUGAAAUUCACCAGCCCAAGAAGGUCAACACGCCAGUUCUGCCCACCAAGGCCACUCCAGAGGUUCCGUUGAACGAGACUCCUGAGGAGCGCAAGCGUCGUCUGCGGAAGGAAGAGCGACGUGCACUGAGACUCAAGGUUACUUUCAAGCCUGGCGAUAGUCUGGUACAGAUCCGCGAGUUUGCUCGUGAGCCCGAGGAAAUCGAGAACAGUGCCAAGAUGGCCGGUGGCGCCAACAAGUACGACGAAGCCGAGAGCUUCCGUAAGGUCAACAGCAAACUCGGCAUCAGAGCCCACGAAAUCGAGGACCGCGACUGGGAGACACCCGUUACUAUUGACUUUUCCCACAUCCCUGCCGACAAACGUACCGAAACUUUUGAGACUCGCGGUGGGCUUAAGACCUUUGAGACGGACGAGCAGCGCUUCAUUGCUGAGCAUGACCGCAACGAGUUGGUCGUGAUUUACAACCACCUCAACGACAUACCUCCCACCCCACGUUCGCCACAAUACGAGCCCAGCCUUAGCAGUUCCGGUUCCGAAUUGCGCUUGCCUCUCGACACUCCUAACUACGACGAGAUCAGAGUGCGCGCUGAUGAGUGCAGAAAGUUCGGCACCCGCCAAGCCUCCCGCUUUGCGCAAGGCCGCCUCGAAAGCAAGACACAAGCUGAGAGAGUGCAGGCAAAAGCCAAGUCGGUCCAACAAGAUCCCAAUACAUUCUACAGCCCGACAACUGCUGUUAGUCGCGAUCAAGGGACCUACGAGGUUAUUGUUUCGGAUCGCCUCAAGAAUUGGAGAGAUCCCAACCCGCUUCCGGCUCCUGAUCCAACCAAGACUUCAGAGGAAAGACUCGACGCCGUACUUAAGGCUUUGGAUAUGCUAGUGAGAAUCAACGUUGCUUCUGUGUCUGCUCGGAGAGCGCAAGUGACAUCAGUCGCCCCUGCUCAAGCUAGUGCUCCUAUGAGUGUGAUUCCAGCGCAGGUUGCGGUGUCUGCGCAGCCUUCAGCCCCAACGCCAGCAACUGCUCCUUCACAAACCGCAGCUGCUGCUCCCGAUUAUUCUGCGCAAUGGGCUCAGUACUAUCAACAGCAAGCUCAGCAACAGGCUUGGUACAAUCAGCAACAACAAGGCUCGGCACAGGCACCGGCAUUUGCUGCUCCCCAAGCUCAACAGCAGGCGCCUGAUGUCGCUGCCCUUCUCGCUCAGCUAGGCGGUCAAGCUGCUGCUUCUCAGCCAGCAGUUCAACCCCAAAACGCCCAGCUCCAGGCUGUUGUCGCCGCACUCGCUGGUAGCAACCAAGCCCAGGGCCCCGAACUCCAGGCCAUCAUGGCUGCGCUCGCCGGAAACAACCAGCCUCAAAAUGCUCAGUAUGUCGCCAAUCUAAUGGAGUGGGCGCAGAGUCAAUCUGGCGCCGCGAAGCCGACUUCAACAGCAGCCCCGACUGCCGCCUACAGUGCUGCCGCCCAUCCUGCCUACCAAGCUCAGUCGAACUACGGUCAGCAGCAGCAGCAGCACCAGGGCGGCUAUGAGUCCCGCUCCUACAAUCAGUCCAACCAAAGCCGUCCCGGCAACGACUUCUCCGCCUCCAUGUACGACGACGAGGGAUACGUCCCUCCUGCGAACAACAACACUGGUGGCGGCAACUACGGCCGUGAUCGUGAUUGGGAUAGUAAUCGGGAUGGUCCUGGCGGCGGCGGCGGUGGUGGCGGUGGUCGCCGUAACAAGAAGCACAAGAAGCACGGCGGUGGUCAUCACGAUAGGGACAGGGAUAACAACAACAAGGACGACGUCCCUGAGCACCUCCGUAAUAUCAACACCCGGCUUAUCGGCACGAAGCAAUGCGCAUUUUAUGCCAAGGGGACCUGCGCUAAAGGGGACAAGUGCACUUUUAGGCACGAUUAA